CCACCAACAAGAUCAAGACUUGUUCAUCAGCUGUUAGAGUAGAUUGUCUGCCUGAGGGAAGCACACUGCAGAACCGCCCCUUAAAACUACGUGUUGGUGGCUGUGGGCUGCCUGCCGCGCUGCACAAACUCAAAUGAAAUAGGUAGUGUGUGCUAGUUAUGUCAAGAGGGAUGACAGAUGUGCUAUACUUCCAGAGAGGAAUGGUGAGGCGGUGGCAGCAGCAGUCAGACAUUGCACAAACUACUUAUGUUAUAAAGAAUAUUCCAGUAAAAAAUAUGAGAAGAGUCAAGAUUUGAAAGAUUCUCACAGAAGCUUCUACCUAAGCACAAUAUAAAUAACACUACUUUUGAUAAGUAACUGCUGUCUUCAAUGAUUGCACCCAAGAUGUUUCCAAGGAGGAAUGCCAGAAUACUGACAGGCAUUGGAUUUCUCACAGUAGCAGGUUUGAUGCUCUACAAGUCUGUGGGACCUUUUGAUAGCACAAAAAAUUCAGAGGCAGUGCAUGGUAGUCGAGCCAAGAGUGCAAGGGAUGAUGCCACAGAUCUCCUGACACAGAGUCCUCAGCAUCUUAGGAAGCAAAAGGAAUAUGAGAACCAAAUCCUGGCCAACAUUCAGAAAAUAACUGCCCACAAGGCCAUGCAGCGCCGGAUGAGCCAUGACCCCAUGGGAGUCAUUCUGCACAAGAGGCCAAGCCUCCUGGAAGGCUUGGGCCGAGUCCGUGACAUGAAGGAACAAGCAGGAUCAGUAGUACAAAAAAGUGUUGUUCUAGAAAACCAGCUUAAACAUAAGAUUGUACAUUUAGAUUUGAAAGGAGCUCCACCUAAAGUUGAAUACUUUAAGAAACUAUUUCCUCUUCUUCAUUCUUUUGGUGCAACUGGAUUACUUAUGGAAUAUGAAGACAUGUUCCCAUACUGGGGCAAGCUGGAAUUCCUCUCAGCACAUAAUGCUUAUGCUAAAGGAGACAUUGCUGAUAUAAUUGAACUUGCAAAGAAAAGUGGUUUAAUCAUCAUCCCUCUUGUUCAAACAUUUGGUCACAUGGAGCAUGUCCUAAAACUGAAGGAAUUUGCUGACCUGCGAGAGGUUCCAAAUUACCCUCAGGUGAUCUGCCCAACAAACAACAAAACACUGCCUCUUAUAAAGUUGAUGAUUGACCAGGUGAUGCAGCUCCAUCCAGGAAUUGAUUGGCUGCAUAUUGGUUCAGAUGAAGUGUACAACUUGGGUGAGUGUACCAGGUGUCAGCAGUAUCUCCUGCAUCACCAGUUUGACAAAAGUGAUCUCUUCCUGCACCACGUCAGGAGUGUGGCCAAAUAUGUGAAGGAGAAUUAUGAUGUUCAACCAAUUAUGUGGGAUGAUGAGUUCCGCAAGAUCCCCCUGAAGGCAAUGCAGGACUCCAAGGUGGGUGAGGUGCUGGAAAUCAUGGUGUGGAAAUACAGCAGUGGCAUAAUGGUUGACCUUCGCUCUGAUAUCUGGGAGAAGUAUUCAGCAGUCUUCAGUGGCAUUUGGGUUGCUAGCGCUUUUAAAGGGGCCGCCAAUCCUGACAGUUACAUAACAAACAUCAAUGAUCGACUCAGCAAUCACAAGGAGUGGAUGGAGAUCUUUGAAUUGUACAAGAGCACCAUUCCCUUCCAAGGUAUUGUGCUGACUGGGUGGCAGAGAUUUGAUCACUUUGGGGUCUUGUGUGAGCUGUUGCCUCAAGCAGUUCCCUCACUGGCUGUGAACUUAAUGUACAUCACUGAAAGGAAGGCAGACCAUGGUGCUCUGGUCAGAGUUGGGGAUAUGCUGAAAUGCAGCUCUUUUAUCAAUCUUGAUCUCCAGUAUUUAGAAUAUGCCAAUAAGUGUGAUUUUCCUGGUAGUGCAUUCUAUGAAGUAUCUCAAAAACUGUACAUUUUAAAGAGGGACAUCAACACCAUGAUGAAGAAUCCUCAUGUUACUGGCUGGGUGUCUGAUUACAAUAUCGAGCACAAUUUUGUCAGUCCUCAGCAUGCCGAGCAGGGACUCCAGGAUCUCACCAUGUUACUAUUUGACUAUGGCAAGGUGAUGAAUGAAGCAGAGACAGCUUUGUCAGAUGUGUUUGAUGAGCACACAGUUAAAGAGUGGAUUUCACUGAAUGUCAAACCAACUCACACUAAGCUUCAGAAACUACAUGCUUCCAUUUCCAAGUUACAAAAAGUCAAAUAUUGGCCACGGAGACCUCUGGACUCAACUGAGACCAAAGAAUUGUAAAUAUUCCAUGUGCUCAUUUUCAGGGACAUGAUUUCCUGUCAGUCUUAAAGGAAAGAAAUUUAUGGAGAAGAGCACAUUCAUCUCAGAAUUGUGAUAAAUGUUAAAUCCUGAAUAGGAUCUUUUGUACAAAUUGAUGUUCUCCCAUUGUUGGGUGUUUUAUAAUAAUUAGGUUGAAUCUGGUCAUCCUAGAAUUAUAUUUAAUUGAUAAUUGUCUGCACAUAGUGGUGCUUUGUUAGUGUGCCAUGAUGCUGCACUGUUUCCUACUGUCAUUAGUGUUCUUGUUUUGUUUAAGGAUCACUUGACUGUCUAUUGUUGAUGUGUACUUCAGUGUAUGACAUUUGCAUAUGAUCAUCAGAUUUGCUUGUUGAUAUUAUCUACAUAGAUUGCAUGUAGUAUCCUGUGUUUUGGUGUGUAACUGAACUUUACUGUAUUGCUUUGCUUACCCUCUACUUUAUUGUGGCAAAGCAAAUGUUUAAUUUUGUGUCCAUACUUCUGACUCACAUGUGAUGGUAUCAGUGUUCCUUAAAACAAAUAAGGUUUAUUUAUGUGGUUGUGUGUAGAGGUGAAUGGUGCUUAGUAAGUGUAUGUCCACUGUUCUGCAUUCACUCAGACUUGAGUGAUUGAAUCGCUACUAUAAUGCACCUCAUUUGCAGGGAAAGAUGAUGACACACACACACACACACACACACACACCAAAUUACACCAGGUGAAAGUUUUAUGGAUAUAAAAGCCAAGGUUGUGCACAACAAUUGCUGUGCAAGUUUGAUACUUUUUGCUCGGGUUACUCUUUGUAUAUACUCAUACAUACUUGAAGUGUUGGACUAUGCAAUGUGUGUACGAUGACAGGUAUACAUUUGGCUAACACUGCACUUAAUGUUCUACUGGAUGAUCAUCUUCUCCAUGUAUGUAUGUAUUUAUGUAUGUAUAUAUAUGAGGCACAAUCAUGAAAUCCAAAUGAAUAGUUUGUUUAUUAGUCAUUAUUUUGCAGUGUAUGUGCCAAUGUAGUAAUGGUGUUUCUGUGUUACUUGUAACCAAAGUGACAUGGCACUUGGACUGGACUUAAAUAUUGAAAUAACUAUUCUCUGAGUAUAGUAUGUAAUGAUUUAUUUAGCGUUAUUAUAACUUCUUGAUGAAGUAGGUAAGUACCGGAGCACAGGGUACCACAAUAUUUGUGAUUUCAGUAUUAACAUUCAUGAGUGCACAGUCAAAGCUUCGUCAUGAGAAAAGACAUAAAAAAAAUUAAGCCAUAUAUUAUGGAAGUUGAGAAAUUUUCUUCAGUAAUAUAGAAAAGUACUUAUCUAUAUUAUCAAAAAUUACAACAAGCUGUUGUCUAGUGUAAUUUGGAUCCUGUAGAUACUUUUUUUUAUCUGGGCAAAUCCAGAUUAGUCAAGUUUGAGUGUACUACAGAUGGUGGACUGGACAAAGGAUGACUGCACUUCUACAUCUGGCAUGCACAGGUGUUUGGUUAGAAUCCUUGGAACAAAAAUUAUUGAACAAUCUUAAUUUAAUGUAUAUACAUAUUUAUAGUGAAAAAUUACACAAUUAUGAUUGCAAAGUAUCUCUAUUUUAGUUUGCUGAAUACCAUAUAAAGAUAUUAUUUGAACAAUGACUGGUUUUGUGUGCUUCUGCUCUAUUAAGGUUUUAUACAAAUUAUGGUAAUUUUGUGAAAGGCAUUAGAGUUGUUGUGCAGCAUUGUAAUACUCAAAACUAUUAUUUGGUCUGAAUAAAGGGAUGAAAAGCA